CUCGUCAUAACCCUUUUUUAUAUCAUUUCUCUUCACAAACAAAAGUCCCACAUGGACAAGAUCGUAUCACAAUAUGGAGAUGUAGUGCUUCGCAAAAGUGACUAUGACACCUUAGCGGAUGGACAGUGGUUGAACGACACGGUCAUAGAGUUCCACACUGAAUACCUGGAGAGAGAAAUCAUACCACGAGACGCCAAAAUACUUAUAUUACGACCUGCCACAGUACAUCUUAUAUCGCAUAUUCAAGAUACCUCGCAGCUGCAUUCAGCAUUACCACCCAACUUAAAUCAAAGUUUGGCAAUCUUUAUUCCAAUCAACGACGGUAAGCCGCAUAUUGCAAACAGUGGCUCACACUGGUCACUAUUAGUUUACUUGAGGGCAACGUCGACGUUCUACUACUAUGACAGUCUGCACAACGCAAAUAUCAAUUCUGCAAGGCUGACAGCCAGGAGACUUACACCACUUCUUGGCUUACGCAUCGUACCCCACUUCGUGUCCAUGUGGACACCACCUCAACCCAAUGGCGCUGACUGUGGGAUAUGUGUGAUAGCCAUCACGGAUUUCUUGGUUGAGAAGAUUCUUUCAUUUCGACGCGUCGCAGUGAACCCUUGGCAGCUGAUGCAAAUUUCUCCUCAAGAUUUGCCGUCAACUAGAACGAUAAGGAAAGGACUACGGACGAUGAUUAAAGACCUCGCGCGGAAAUAACCCCUCAUCUGUUAUAUAGAGCACCAAAAACAUUCAUGUUUUGGUAAAGCACUCGUGUUACUAUCCUCGUGGGAAUAGAGAGGACCUGUAAUGUAAUCUAUGUUGAAGGAAUAGGUGUAUGAGAAAGUCGACAGGCUGGUGCAUCAUUAGAUCAACGAUAGCUACCAACAGCUUUUCUGUACAUAGCAGGCUGGAGGUGAUAACUAACUGUUGGGAUAUAGACAUCACUCACUAAAAUAUGAAGCUGUUUACAGAUCUGCCUGUCUACAAUACUUAUAUUUGUCUUGAAUAAUCUUGUAGUGAUCCUGAACUGCUUACUGCCCAUCUUCAGUGAUAUGUUUCGCCCUUCCUUGUUGAUUUUUGUCCAUACGAGUUAGGUCUGAUUUUUUUGGUAGUUAAACUAUUUCAUUCAUGGCUGUCGAUGAUCAACUUCACCACAUCAAUUGUCUAUCGACCUGCUCGCCUUCCAAUGACGGAUAUAGUACAUUCACC